AUGGCCUCUGUCCCAACAAACAAGAGAACAAUUACCCUUAAUGAUGGGAACAAGAUCCCUGUCAUAGGUUUGGGUACAUUCUUGUCAGCUCCAAACGAGAAUGAAAUUGAAGUGGGUCAAGCCCUUCGAAUCCUCGGUGCAGAGGAGCCCGACUUUAAGCGUGAAGAUAUCUUCAUCACUAGCAAGGCGUGGAAUUCCCACCAUCGGCCAGAAAAUGUGAAAAAAGCAUUGGACCAAACUUUGCUUGAUCUUGGCACUGACUACCUUGAUCUGUACCUGAUCCAUUGGCCUGUCAAUUUUGCGGCUGUUGAAGAUAAGAGUGUUCCAACCGGCAUCAAGCUAGAGCCGGCAAAGGAAGGCAACAUGCUUCUCGAUACGGAGCUUAGUAUUGUAGACACAUGGAAGGCUUUCAUUGAUCUCCAGAAGAGUGGAAAGGUCAAGAGCAUUGGCGUAAGCAAUUACCGCGUUUCCCACUGUCAAACAAUAAUCGACGAGACGGGCGUUGUUCCCGCAGUCAAUCAGGUGGAAGCACACCCACUUCUUAUUCAGCAAGAGCUACUCGACUAUGGUAAAAAUAUCGGCAUGCAUAUCUCGGCGUACAUGCCGUUCGGUGGUGACCCUUCACGUGGAGGUUCGCAACUGCUGGGAAAUCCACUUGUCAAGGACAUCGCGGCCAAGUACGGCAAGGACGCAGGCCAAGUACUUUGCUCGUGGGGCAUAAAGCGUGGCUUUUCUGUACUUCCGAAAUCAGUCAAGGAAGCCCGUAUCAUAUCUAACUUCCAGGUUUUCGACCUGGAUGACAAGAAGUAG